AUGAAUUAUUUGGGAUUUCUAGUCUUUGCAUUGGUUGUUCAUCUUGUUCGGGGAUCCCAGAAUGAUUAUAUAGUCAAGAAUCUUCCUGGACUGGACAAGAUCCCUGUUGGAAAACAACCUAUAAUGCAUGCCGGUCAUUUGGAGAUAUUUCCAGAAAACAACACAGACAUCUUUUUCUGGCGAUUCUCGGAUCCUGUUCGCAACAAAACGCAUAAGAAACUGCACGGAGAUGACCUGGUGAUCUGGUUGAAUGGUGGCCCUGGUUGUUCCUCGAUGGACGGCGCUUUGAUGGAAAUCGGUCCUCUUAGAAUCACCAAAGAUGCACAGGUCGAGGCCAACCCGGGCUCGUGGACUGAGGUCGCAGACGUUGUGUUUGUGGACCAGCCGGCAGGAACAGGGUUCUCAUACACGGAUAAAUUUGACACCGAGCUUGACGACGCUGCACGGGACUUUGGUGAAUUUCUGAAACGGUAUUUCGAACUGUUUCCGGAAGACAGUACCAAAAAUAUAUGGUUGGCCGGAGAGUCGUAUGCUGGUCAAUACAUUCCGCAUUUUGCCACGUACAUUGUUGAACACCGUCUGUUAGACCUGAAACUGAAAGGACUGCUCAUUGGAAACGGAUGGAUUGAGCCAAACCUGCAGUCCUUAGCAUAUGUUCCAUUUGCAUUAGAUAACGGACUUAUUGAUAGCAAGGCAGAGUAUAUGAACCAUUUGUUGAAGAAACACGAGAAAUGUCAAAAGGCGAUCAACGACCCGAACAAUAACGACUUCGAGGCCGAGGCAUGUUCCGAUGUCAUUAUGGCCUUACUUAAAGAUACCAGAGAUAAGUCCAAGCCUGCUGAUCAACAGUGCUACAAUAUUUACGAUUACCGGAAACACGAUUCAUAUCCUUCGUGUGGAAACAGCUGGCCCGAGAAGCUGCCUGUGGUGACGGAGUUCUUGAACACCGAUUCGGUGCAGGAGUCCUUGAAUCUCAAGAUUAGAAAGACUUGGCGUGAAUGUGACGGAAAAGUUGGACUCAAGUUCCAUCCUAAAAAAUCGCGGAUCUCGUUCGAUCUGCUGCCAAAACUGCUUGAACAGAUGACCGUGAUGCUGUUUGCGGGCGACAAGGACAUCAUCUGCAACUACAAGUCGAUCGAGAUGCUGAUCGACAAACUGGAGAUCACCAAAGGCCAGACCGGGUUCGGUGACAGUUCUCCUGUGGACUGGGUGUACGACUCGUCCAGCGUGGGAAAGGUGCAUUCCGAUCACAACCUCACGUACGUGAAGGUGUACAACUCGUCGCACAUGGUUCCAUACGACUUACCGGCGGUGAGCAGAGGUCUGUUUGACAUUAUGACCGGGGUUGUUGAGAAACGGGACGGCGCGCUGCUGACGCCCGUGUAUGACUCGGACGGGAACUAUGAGUUUGUGGGCUUGGGCGACAGGGCCAAGGACGGAUCCUCCAACGACCAGGAGGUGAACCAGCACCAUAGCAUAUCGUUCUACAUUGCAGAGAUGGUGAUUCUAGCAGUACUCGCGUAUCUGCUUUGCUGUUUCUACAAGUCGUUCAACAAGAACCAGAAAUCGUCGUUCCUGCGGUUUGGCUCGAAAAAGAAGAAGAAGCAAGUUCACUGGUUUGACGAGCGGGAUUUGGAGCCAGAAACGCAGCAAGAACCUGACGAUAAGCCCAAGAGCAUGCUGGAGGCGGUGUUUUCGAAGCUCGGAUACGGCACCCAGUACGACAAGGUCUUGAACCAGACGGACAUUGAGAUGACGGGAGGUCCGCAGUCCGAGGACCAAUUCAUUGUCCAGAGCGACGAGGAAGAGUUUGGACACAACUAG